AGUUCAACACUUUUCUUUUUCUUUUAUCACGAUUUUCGAAUUAAUUUUAUUUUUUCUGUCCAGUUCUAUCCGAAUUCAUCACACAAUACCCAAAUCAUCACAGGAAGGAAAAAAACGGGAAAAACACAAAAAUGUCAACUAUUACAUCCUCAACAUUCACAAACUACAAUGUUCCUCCGUCUUCAAUCUCUUCAAGUUCAACUCAAUUUCCAAUCUUUCACCUAACCCAUUUCCCAAAACACCUUCAAUGUCCCAACCCACUUUCUAUCUCGUCCAGAAAACCCAUCGCCACAGUCACCCAAAUUUUCUGCAAGUCACCGGAAGCAGAAGAGCUGUCACCAAAAGAAGAUGAUGAGUGGCUUCAGAAGCUUCCAGAGAAGAACAAGCCUCUCUACUCACAUAGCUUGCCUUGCAUUGAGGCUUGGCUCAAGAGCCUUGGAUUCUACCAGAGCAAGGAUGAUAGAGCUGUUUGGCUGAUUCAAAAAGCUGAUUGGCAUGCUCAUCUCUAUUUAGAUGUCACUGAUCUCUACAUAAGGUAUUUGAAGAGUGGACCUGGGAAUCUGGAUAAGGAUGUGGAGAGGAGGUUUAGUUAUGCUCUGAGCAGAGAAGACAUUGAGAAUGCUGUACUUGGAGGACCAUAAUACCCUUUUUACCCUCUCUCUAUCUGCCAAAAUGCUUGAUUUCUUGUUGGAAAUAGUUAGUGCAUUAUUAUGUCAAAUGUUUAGGUUUCAUGUUAGAAUCCCUUCUAUUGAAAGGGUUCAGAAAAGUGUCUUGUAAUAGGAUGAAGUUUUGAUAAAUAUUUGAAAUGAGAGAAUUUGUAUGGUGACUUUUUCUAUCACUCUCAGUGUUCGCGGUGCGGUUUAGAUCAGUUUUGUGUCA